UAAAAACAAAAUGGCGCGGCCGUGCGUUUUUUCUAGUGCGUUGGCAUCUGCUCCGUUCUUCAUGUGCGUCAUGUCACGCAACGCGAAUUGUGCGCUUGUCAGAAUCUGGGCGAGCGGCCGCGGACUCUAUGGCCCGUCGUGCUAGCUGUCAUUAUGACAGUACAGCAUCGUCCCGCCACUUCGAAAGCACUCCGCUUUCGACCGAGGCCCACGAGUGACGUAGUCGGCAAGCUUUCAUAGCGAGUUCGCAAAAAGUGAUAACCAUGUCUGUAGCACGCAUAUGGCGUGUUUUUCUAGUCUCUUUUACGCUAGGUGUUGCCCUGGUUGUCAUCUGCAGGACGUCUGGGUGUUUAGCCCUUGAGAAGAGCCGACCUGACUACAGUGUUUAUCACAAUCUGUCCGCAGUGUACGCCGAAGUCGCCGCCUUGGCAGAAAGUUACCCGGCCUACGUUCAAGUCGAUCACAGGUUCAAAUCGCACAACGGCCUCUCCCAGCUGGUGGUCAGGCUCGCAAACUUCUCGGACAGCACGCUGCACGCGGCGCCGCGGUUACGGAGCUUCAAGGUCCGCGCGCUGCUCCUGUUCGGGCAACGGGGCGGCGAGCUGGUGACCGUCGAGAGCGCCCUGCACUUUCUACGGCAGCUGUUCGCGGGACUCUCGGCUCCUAGUCACACUGUGGAGGCGGCCUUCAGUCGGACGCUCCUGUCCAAAGUAGACUUGCACCUCAUAAUCAUGGUGAAUCCCGACGGCUUUAACCACGCUGAGCGGACAGGCAAUUACUGCUUCGAGGGUACAGCAUCGGGAGCCAAGGUGGACUCCCUCUUCACCUGGGACUUGGAUAAACACCUGAUGACCGCGGAAGCAGAGACCCAAGUUUUGCUGAACCUGAGCCGGGUGCAACAGUACGAUGCAUUCGUCGCCUUCCGUUCAGGCACCCGAGAGAUCCACCUACCAUAUGCAGGUGUACAACCUGGGAGGCUCAGUCGCAAGCCAGCCAACCUGGAAGCAAUGACGGCAUUCGCCAGGGAAGUUGCUUGGGCCGUCAAGCCACGGUUUAUCUACGGACAGGCACGACAUCUGCUUCUAAGGCCACUCAAUGGAACGGCUUUAGACUUCAUGGCCGGAAUGCGCAAGGUUCCGUUUUCCCUGUCUAUCGGCCUCUGGGAAGAGCUUGGCAGUGCCGCGAGUACUGAUUGCUUCCGGCAGCUGAAUCCUGACAGCGUUUCGCUCAAGAAAACUCUGGAAGAGCUGCACCCCUUAUACCAGGCUCUGUUCCUGCACCUGAUACGGUGGAAGGAGCAGCAGUCGCGCUUCGCCUUCAGCAUCGAGAAUGACGGGCCGUCCCUGCUGGUCUGCAUCAUGAUGCUCUCCCUAGUCGUGCUGGUGAUGCUCCUCUUCACCUGCCAGCGCCGCCUGCCCGACUCGAUGCGCUUCUACCCGAGGCGUCGUGUUGUCAGCCUCAAGAUGUUGAGCUCGUCGCUCCAUGGCAGCUGAUGGCGGCGGUCACUGCUGUUCCGCUGAGGUGUGCCGAAAGAGCCGCCGUCUUUCCCCAAAUCACGUGUUGCCUGUUGUGUUUGCAUUGAAUUAUUUUGCCAUUACUGUGUGUGUGUUUGCACGAAUAUGACACUAUGGUAGGUUUCUGGCUACUUGGAAGCUGGAAAAGAAGAAAGAAAGAAAUCAGCCUAGUUUAGUGCAGGUGUGUUGAAAGCACCAAACAAUGAUGCUAGCCUAUGGGGCCAUGCGCUUUUCUCUGCACGCCCAUCGUGCUGUCUGGGUGCCUUCACCCGCCUUCGGCAUUAUGCAGGUCCCUGUCCCGUUAGCAGACAAAACUGGUGGUGGCCGUGUUACUCCAACAGAGCAAAAAAAGCGGGCGACCGCACACAGGGUUCACCAGAGAAAGACAAAGGUGCUCCCGAGAGAGGGAGCGACAGUAUUUAGCUGCCAAGCCAGGAAACACACUUUUUCCCUGUCGAACAGGCCAUAAAUGGAUGUCGCAAUAAAAAAAAAGAAACAAGCAAAAACAUCAUGUUAGCAAGAAUUAGCUAUGCAUAAAGCAAGGGUAGCAUUGUGCUCGGAAUGGGGUCUUUUAGCAUAUCACAGUGGGCGGUCAGUCGCUACAAUGUUUUGCAGCAAAAGGCCUUAACGGCGUAGUGAAGCAUUGCACAACGCGUAGGCCAUAUAGCACGUGCACGCCAUGGCAGCUGCGUUUGUACAGUGAGGCCAUGCACUUGUGUAUUGCAGCAUUGGAUUGGGUCAUUGUACCUAAAGCCUCAUGAGAAGAUUUCUGAGUUUACUCGAGUUCUUUUGCAUCGUCAGCCUCAUCUCACGACGUUGCAUGUACUCCCGCUAUUCACAGACCCACGCUUCCUGCCACAGGGGAGCCAGCUUUCCCGCAGAAGCUUCGAUGCAUAGUGGCUGUACUCGUCGCAUUUUGAAGUACAGGAUCCAGGGAGUGAAGUGUGUUAUAUUUGGAGCGUGAUUCCAAAGUUAAUAGGAGGCACAUCAUCAUAUUCGUGCAAACACAGUGUCGAUAGGGGUUCAAGGGCACAUUUGUUGAGGUGCCCAUGGUGUGUAUUGGUUUAUUUUAAUGCUAGGUGCAUUUAGGAUGGCAGCAUUAACCAUAACUGUUUUGGUUUCAGCAUGCUUGCACCUUGGCAGAGUGUGCUGGGCGUUGGUGGCUUGUUCGGGCAGAGCACAAAGAUUUGCCUUCUGGACCGACUAGGUUGUGCUUCUCAACGAAGCUAGCUGGUCGAGCAUAUUAUGUAUAUGACCCACUUAGUUUAUGUGGACAAUGUUAUUAAUCGUGUGUUAUUAAGUGCAUUGUACAUCUCAUUGAGCUCGGCAGGACACUUACUGCACAUCUCUACAGUUGCAGGUUGCGUUGAAUUGCUAAUGCUAAUAGUGAAUCGACACAUGAGGCUGUGCUGUGCAAACAUGUCUUGCAGUAUCCCACUGAUACACGUGUAUUUUAGGCUCUUCAAUGUCGCACCUAGUGGGUAGCAUUACGACGCAGAACACUGUUCCUAGUUUGUAUGCCUUGUACUUUUGUGAGCGACGUGUGCAGUAAGGCGAAUGUGUGUGCUAGGUGUGCGCCUCUUGUGCCUACAGCUCUCCACGUCUGACUGGUUCAGACACUUUAAGGACAUAUCCCAACGUGGUGUUGUGACACGGUAUGUGCAUUUUCUUUUUCGGACCCACGCUUCUUUCAGUGGGCGACAAAGCAUUUUACAUUGUACUAUGUGUAUUGUAACUAGGGGUGUGCAAAUACCAAACAGUAGAUUUCUAAUUGAAUAUUGAAUUGUAUUAAUAAAAAAAAAUAUGAAUAUCGAAUAUCAGAAAUUUUUUCACAAAGUGUAAUGCUUAAUGUUUUCGGAAAGAAACUAUGGCACCGCGCAUGCUCAGGAGGUUCCUAGCAUUGCGUAACAAGAAUGUAAUAAGCUAUCGCUAACUUAGGUACAUAGAAAUCAAGAUAUACAGUGCAGUCUUCUUUUAUCUAAAGCGAACACCAGAUUAGUAUGCCAGCACUUUUUAUAGCUUAGUUCUAGUGAACGAAAGCCCGGAAAAUUUUUUUUUUAUGUGUAAGAUAUCUGUUAAAUAGAAUCAAGUACUUUAUUUUUCUCUGAAACUAACGAAUUAGUGACAUUCUGUUGUACUUAGUAGUACCAAGAAGGCUUUCCGUUUAAUAGUGGACUUGUGAUUUGCAUCAAUUUUUUAUUUUUUGCAUAGGAUGUUUCGCUUUCUAGUUUGUCUCCAAUACAUGAGGGCUAGACCAACUUAGCAGGAGGUGGGCUAUCGCAAGGCCAAUCUGUGCGACAGACGAUAGGACUGUGCAUCAUGCGACUAUCACCACUCCCUACAUAGCUGGCACCAAUGGUGAAGAGCAUGCCCCUUCCGCACGACGUUUCAUUGUCAGGUUUGGCACGAUUUGCCACCUGUCAGAGAUUCCGAGAUCUCCAGGGUCGCGGUGAGUUAGCGCUCUGACGAACGACCGAGACGGACCUCGCACAGAUGGAGGCGGCCCUGGCCAACACGGCACCGUUCUGCGAAUUGCGGCAUACAGGUGUAAUGUGUGUGAUCGCCGUGCCGGGCUGACCUCGGAGAGAGCUCGCGGGGACAAACUCUGCCGCCUCGUCAGCCAGGGAAGCGUGUUUGCACGGCACUCGGCAUUCCUUUUGCGCUGAAAAUGUAAGUAAAACUCUGAAUUGAGCGGCUAGGGGGCCCGUGGUGCAUGCAACAUGUGACACUAUGCAGGUCUCUGCACCGAAAAGUAGAUAUUCGAUCGUGAAUAGAAUUAGUCGAACUUCUCAAUUCGAUUUGGUGAUAUUCCAAUAUUUGCACACCCUUAAUUGAAACUGAUCUAUUGAAAAGCAGGAGUUAAGGAGCAAAGUGCUAGGUUAGGCUGGCAGGUAGCUCAUUGUAAUGAAUUAAUUGGGCAAGCAAAAGGCAAGGGCAAAGAGAGCUCAUCCAGUCGCUUUCUUUGUCCUUGUCUUUUACCUGCCUUUGUUAAUCUGUUACAAAGUGGGGGUUAACUUUUCAUUAAGUGUGAAGAUGCAAUGUUUCUGGUGCCAUAUAAUGUAACGUUCGGCAUAGUUCUUAUGAGUUUCUGUUCUCUGGUUUGCCAGACUCGUUAACGAAACGACACAGUGUAGGUAUCACUUUUGCUGUACUUACACAUCCUUUUUCUGAAUAAGCACCAAGCAUUUUUGCUCGCUUUAGUUGGCGUAAGCGCGGGCAGUUUCUAAAAUUUUUUUAAUAGGUAAGCAAACUUGCUUACCUGAGGCAUCUGUGUAGCAUUUUACAGUAGUCAUGAGACGGUGAUCCCACCAUGUGAUCGUUCCACUACCUUGCUCACCGUUUCCCUGAUGGAACUAUGUAUGAUGGCACGGAACAUUCAGUAACAAAUUGAGGCAUGUUUGCUGGAAAAGUGUACGUUAGUAUUGUAAGAAUGAAAUUUAUGAGAAAGGUGGCCUUUUUUGUGUACUAAUGUGCCAUUUCUUCCUUGUCGUGUGUACACGUGACUACAUGAGGAUGUUUUUUUUCUCCUCAGUGCUGUUGUAUUCAGUGAUGUUAAAUGUGCUCUAUGUUGAGAAACGUGUUGACACUGUUGUUUACAAGAAACCUGAUUUUGCAGCAUCUGCAUAUAAAAUUUUGCCUGCAUUUGUGAUCAUGACCCAUUUGUGGGCCUUUAUAAACAAGUUUUUUGCACA